GCGAGAAGGCAGGAUCUCAAAAUGUUAACAAAGCAGCUUGCCGGCCCAAGAUGAACGCAACAAUGCCCUUAUACAGAUUCGUCAAGAGACUUUUCGAUGGCCCCUUACCUGAAAGAAGAAACCCCCGAGGGUCAACAGCCGAACCACUCGCCAGCGCCAGCAGCAGAGGCGCCGGUGUACAACAUCCCCCAACACCUGACAUGGAACGACCCUCAGAACCGGAAACUGCGAGUCUUGACUAUUGGCGCCGGUAUUUCUGGUAUUUUGAUGGCAUAUCGUAUCCGGAAAGACUGCCAGAACGUGGAACAUGUCAUCUAUGAGAAGAACCGAGACAUUGGAGGAACAUGGCUCACCAACAAGUACCCACGUGCCGGCUGUGAUGUUCCAAGUCAUGCGUAUACGUACCAAUUUGCAUUGGUGAGAGGGUCCUUGCUUCCAAGCCCGUCUUGGUUGAAACUGACAACGUGGGUGCCUGCUUAUAGUACCCGGACUGGCCGCGAUAUUUUGCCUUUUCCGAUGAUCUGUGGAAAUAUCUCGACAUGGUCUGCAAGACUUUUGAUCUCCGUAAAUACAUGUCUUUUUACACCGAGGUCGUAGGCUGCUACUGGCGUGAGGAGGAGGGAAUCUGGACCGUCAAGCUACGGCAGCAGAUACCGGGGCAAGAACCUCGUGAGUUUGAGGAUCAUUGCCAUGUAUUGUUGCAUGCGACAGGUGUCUUGAGCACUCCAAAGUGGCCCGGUGUCCCCGGUCUGACAGACACGUUCAAAGGACGAGUAGUCCACACCGCACAGUGGCCCGAGGACUACCAGCAGGACAAAUGGGCAAAUGAACGCGUUGCUGUCAUCGGCUCCGGCGCAUCAUCGGUUCAAACAGUUCCUGGGAUGCAGCCUUACACAAAGCACCUCGACGUUUUUGUCCGGACGGGUAUCUGGUUUGGAGUUCUGGCCGGCAACUCAGGCACGCCAUCCAAGAUCUACACGCAGCAGGAGCGUGACGAGUUCAGACGGAACCCCGGCCAUCUUGUUGCCCAUGCUAAGGCUAUCGAGAGCGAAGUGAAUGGCACCUGGGGCGCUUUCUACAGUGGUUCCAUGGCGCAGAAGGGGGCGUCUGGCUUUUUUCGCAAGCGUAUGGGGGAAAUUAUCAAGGAUCAACGUUUGCUGCAGGGUUUCACCCCCACGUUUGGCUUUGGGUGCCGAAGGAUCACGCCUGGUGAUCCUUACAUGGAAGCCAUCCAGAAAGAUAAUGUCCAUGUACACUUUACCGCUGUGGUCAGCUGCACAGAAGACGGUGUGGUGGGGGCCGAUGGCGUUGAGCGCAAGGUUGACACGGUUGUCUGUGCCACUGGGUACGACAAUACAUAUCGUCCUCUGUUCCCGGUUGUAGGCAAGAAUGGCGUUGACCUGAAGGACAAGUGGGCAACUGCUCCCGAAUCCUAUCUUGGGCUGGCGGUACCCGACAUGCCCAACUUCAUGACCUUCAUCGGACCAACUUGGCCUAUCCAAAACGGGAGCGUCAUGGCGCCAUUGCAUUCCGUGUCAGACUACGCGAUCAGGCUGAUCAAGAAGACGCAGAAUGAGAACCUUCGCAGCUGGGUACCGAGGCAAGAUAUCACUGACAGCUUUAACGAGCAUGUUCAGGAGUGGGUGAAACACACCGUGUGGGCGGAUGAAUGUCGCAGCUGGUACAAGAACAACGAAACUGGCCGUGUCAACGCCAUCUGGCCCGGAUCUUCGCUCCAUUACCAGCAAGUCAUUGAGCAACCUCGCUAUGAGGACUUUGAGUUCCAGUACAUGGACAAGAACCCCUGGGCACACCUGGGUAUGGGCUGGACGAUCCAGGACAGACAGGGACCGAAGAACGGUGCAGACGUCGCUCCGCAUUUGAGCCUCGAGAAUAUCGAUCCGGAAUGGUUGGAGGCCAAUAAAAUCGGCAACAGCUCAGAGGCGGUUCAGCCGGAGGAGAAAAGUCAGGGGAGCCCCAUGAGUUGGAGUUUGUUGAGCAGCUUUCGAGGUAUCCAUAGUGUGUAG